AGGUGAGCGCUCUGAAUUUGAGCGGAGGAUAGCAGUAAUGGAUAUGUUCUCUUUGUCCUCUACAGCACACUACGCUAACACUCCACCACCCUUCUCCGCCUCCAUCCUCGCUGUCGUUAAACACCACCACCCCUCCUCCUCCUCCUCCCCGUCUAUUGUUUCCCUUAAAACCUCCCCAGAGCCCCCUGACAACACCCCUUCUUCCACCAGUCUCCGCCGCCCUACCUCCAAUAAACCCCUCAAAACCCCAGCCACUUCCCACAACUCCAAAAAGUUCUCCCAAAACCCGCUCAAGAACCUCAUCGUUUCCACAAACCCCCCUGUUCCCAUUGCCCCCACCUCCACAGCCCAAUCUCCGCCUUUACAUACUCUCAGUAGUAAGCUUAGGCUUUCCAGUAAACUCUCCUCGCCGCCCCCGCCUUCGAUUCCCGAAGAAAUUCGGCCACAAAAAUCUGAAGUUUUGGAGGAUUUUGACAAUCCCAGUGAGGAAAAUGACAAAGGCCAAUCAAGAAGGGAGUUUGUUGAAAAAGGGAAGAUUUUUGUGGGGAAUCUUCCACUGUGGAUUAAGAAAAAUGAGUUGGCUGAGUUUUUUAGGCAAUUCGGGCCCAUAAAAAAUGUGAUUUUGAUAAAGGGUUUUGAUGAAACCGAGAGGAACAUGGGUUUUGGGUUUGUGAUUUAUGAUGGGCCAACGGCCGAGAAGGCGGCCAUGAAGGCUGUGGAAUUCGAUGGGGUGGAGUUUCAUGGGAGGGUGUUGACUGUGAAGUUGGACGAUGGGAGGAGAUUGAAGGAGAAAACAGAGGAGAGGAGGAGGUGGGUAGAGGGGAAAGAGGAGGGACAGCUGCAUCGGACGAAGUGGCAUGAAGAGAGGGAAGGGUCGAGGAGGGAGUUCAGGAACGUUAUUGAGACUCAACCAGAGAAUUGGCAAGCUGUCGUGACAGCUUUUGAGAAGAUUAAGAAGCCUUCCAGGAAAGAGUUUGGACUGAUGGUGAAGUAUUAUGCAAGACGAGGGGAUAUGCAUCGUGCACGUGAAACUUUUGAGAGAAUGCGAGCCAGGGGAAUAGAGCCAACUUCACACGUCUAUACCAGCCUUAUUCACGCUUAUGCAGUAGGUAGAGACAUGGAAGAAGCACUAUCUUGUGUGAGAAAAAUGAAUGAUGAGGGAGUUGAAAUGACCUUGGUGACAUACAGUAUUCUUGUGGGCGGCUUUGCAAAAGUUGGAAAUGUUGAUGCUGCAGAGUUUUGGUUUAAGGAGGCUAAAGAAAGACAUGCAACCUUGAAUGCAAUCAUCUAUGGGAACAUAAUUUAUGCUAAUUGUCAAAGUGGUGACAUGGAUCGUGCUGAAGCAUUGGUCAGAGAGAUGGAAGAAGACGGUAUUGAUGCUCCAAUUGGCAUAUACCAUACGAUGAUGGAUGGUUAUACCAUGGCAGGGAAUGAGGAUAAAUGUUUGGUUGUCUUUGAGAGAUUAAAGGAAUGUGGCUUUACACCUUCAGUAAUCAGCUAUGGAUGUCUUAUGAACCUGUAUAUUAAGAUUAGUAAAGUUUCAAAGGCUUUAGAGGUCAGUGACAUGAUGAAAAGGGCAGGGAUUAAACAUAACAUGAAGACAUAUUCAAUGUUAAUCAAUGGAUUUGGGAAGUUGGAAGAUUGGGCGAAUGCCUUUGCAAUAUUUGAAGAUGUAAUAAAAGAUGGUUUAAAACCAGACAUUGUUCUUUACAAUAACAUUAUUGGGGCAUUCUGUGGCAUGGGUAACAUGGAUCGUGCCAUUCGUACUGUCGAGGAAAUGAAAAGAGAAAGACAUAGACCUACAUCACGGACGUUUAUGCCCAUUAUACAUGCAUUUGCCAGAGCUGGAGAAUUGCGAAGAGCUCUUGAUGUUUUUGACAUGAUGAGGAUGAGUGGUUGCAUUCCAACAGUGCACACUUUUAAUGCUUUAAUUGUUGGACUUGUCGAAAAGCGUCAGAUGGACAAAGCUGUGGAAACUUUAGAUGAGAUGUUGUUAGCAGGCAUUAGUCCAAAUGAGCAUACUUAUACUACCAUAAUGCAUGGUUAUGCAUCAGUGGGUGAUAUUGGCAAAGCUUUCGAGUACUUUUCCAAGUUAAAAAAUGAGGGUUUGGAGCUUGAUGUGUAUACAUACGAGGCACUGCUCAAGGCAUGCUGUAAAUCAGGGAGAAUGCAGAGUGCUUUAGCAGUGACAAAAGAAAUGAGUAAUCGAGGAAUCCUGCGGAACACUUUUGUCUACAACAUAUUGAUUGAUGGUUGGGCUCGAAGAGGUGAUGUUUGGGAGGCUGCUGACCUGAUGCAACAGAUGAGGAGAGAAGGAGUUCUGCCUGACAUCCAUACUUAUACAUCUUUUAUAAAUGCUUGUUGUAAAGCUGGAGAUAUGAUGAGGGCAAUGAAGACCAUUGAAGAGAUGGAAGCACAUGGAGUGAAGCCUAAUGUGAAAACGUAUACCACACUCAUACAUGGGUGGGCGCGUGCAGCUCUUCCAGAAAAGGCUUUGCAAUGUUUUGAAGAUAUGAAGCAGAGUGGGCUAAAACCAGACAAAGCUGUGUACCAUUGUUUAAUGACCUCGUUGCUUUCAAGGGCCACGGUUGCUGAAGAGUAUAUUUAUGCAGGUAUUCAGCGUAUCUGUGGGGAGAUGGUGGAAUCUGGGCUGACUGUUGACAUGGGGACUGCAGUUCAUUGGUCGAAGUGUUUACGCAAGAUUGAAAGGAGUGGUGGCGGGAUCACUGAAGCCCUUCAGAAGACAUUCCCCCCUGAUUGGAAUUCUCACAAAACUCUAAAUGCCAUUUCUGAUACUGAUGACAAUGAUGAUGAAUUAGAUAAUUGUGCUUAUGAUGAUUUUCAGGGUGAUGUAGGUAGUGAUGCUGAACUUAGUGACUUUGAAGAAUGAUCAGAAAUAUGAAUCUAUUCUUCUUUU